AUGUUUGAAUAUAGCCAUCCUGAUCAAUAUAUUCUUUCAAGUUUAUGUCCAUAUUCUUGCUCAAUUGUUGACUUUGCUCUUCGUAUUGGUGGAAUAUUAGAUCCUGAAUUUUUAAUACAAUGUAAAAUAACAGAUAAAAAAUUAAAAAAACAAAUUGAUGGAUUAAAACAAAUUCCAUUACAAUUUGAACCAUUACCAUCUACUUUUGAUUAUCAAGAAGAACUUUUUCUUGAUAUGGGUAUACCAGAUAAAAAAAAUUUCUAUAAUUCAUGGGAAUUUAAACAAUAUAAUUCAUGGUUACAUGAUGAAUAUCAAUGGAAUAUAAUGGAUAUACUUAACGACGAUCUUAUUAUUUAA